CCCACAGCUAUCCCAGGGGGGACGUGAGAUCGGUUUCAAAUACCCUGCCUCUUCCCUCAGUGGCAAACCUUCUGUCCUGUCCAGGAGCCCCCAGCCCAACCUGGCCCCCGCAGGAGCACAGCGAAAGCGUGUCGUCACAUCGCACAGUCAGAACCUGGCGGCAGCUCAAAGGGAAUGCUGGGAAAUAGGAUCCAUAUGGUGGCACUAUAAAGUGCACCGCCAACCCAGAGCCUUCACCAAAUAACUGGCCAACCCGUCCUCAACGCCAGCAUCCAUUCACCUACAGUCUCUCCUCACCUGUCUCCUCAGUAGCAUCGCUGCUCUGUUUUACCCAAGGAUCCUUCCUCACACGUGACCUACUUCAGGACUGGAUACUGAAAGGGGCUGGAUUGACUAUGAAGAUCCUGGGCCAUGUGGUUUUCCUGCUGCUGAUAGGAGGGAUUUGUUGCCAGAACAACCGCAAUGCCAAACCUAGUGGCAAGUCAUCUAAGAAGAACCAGGGGAACCAGAACCAGGGGGCCGAGGCAGCCCAGUCGGCCCCAGAAGAUGAGCCUCAUUCUGGGCCAGUGGAGUCGGGCAGGGAGGGUAACUCUGGAGGUCGGGCGACAGCCCAGCAGUCAGCUUCACAGAACAACAAGGCUUCAGAUGAUAUGAAGCUGCAUGUCCUCAAGAAUACUCAGGUCACAUGCAACGAUGGAACAGCAGCGGGGUUUUACCUAAAGGACUUCAAAGGGAGUAAGCGAUGGCUGAUAUUUCUGGAAGGCGGUUGGUGCUGCUACAACAAAGACUCCUGCGAUACCAGAUAUAAAAAUAUCCCACGACUCAUGACCUCAUCCGACUGGCCCCAAACGCGCAAAGGAAGUGGAAUAUUGUCAGCCCAGGCGGAAGAAAACCCUCAUUGGUAUAACAGUAAUAUUGUAUUCAUCCCGUACUGCUCCAGCGACGUGUGGAGUGGCACAGGGCCCACAGCCACCAAGGAGAAGAGAGGCCCGGGAAAAGAGAAGGAGAAAGAUGCCAUUGAGUAUACCUUCAUGGGUUCCCUGAUCAUCCGUGAGGUCAUCAAAGACCUAGUCCCUAAAGGCAUCAAACAGGCCAAGGUUGUCAUGCUGGCUGGCACAAGUGCUGGAGGGACGGGAGUGCUGCUGAACAUUGAGAGGGUGUCCAGUCAGCUGGAGCAGCUGGGGGCAGAGGCCCAGGUUCGAGGCCUGGUGGAUUCGGGCUGGUUUCUGGAGAGUAAACAGCAGAGGGUUCCUGACUGCCCAGACAGUGUCUCCUGCUCACCUGUAGACGCCAUCAAGAGAGGACUCAAGCUGUGGAACGGGGUGGUCCCAGACAAGUGUCGGCAGCAGUACAAGAAAGGAGAGGAGUGGCAGUGCUUCUUCAGCCACAAACUCUACUCCUCCCUGACCUCCCCUCUGUUUGUGGUGCAGUGGCUGUUUGACGAGGAGCAGUUGAGAGUGGAGAAUAUCUACCUGGGGGGUCAGACCCUGUCAGAACAGCAGUGGACCUACAUGCAGAACCUGGGAAAGGAUAUCAAGAACUCACUCAAAGAUGUCACGGCUGUGUUCGCACCCUCCUGCCUGUCCCACACAUUGAUCACUAAAAGUAACUGGAUGACGUUUCAAGUCAAAGGUACCUCCCUGCCCCGGGCUCUGCAGUGCUGGGAUAAGAGUUUCCAAGAAGCCAACCGUAACAGCAAGACCCCCCUGAAGGGCUGUCCCUUCCACCUGAUUGACACCUGCCACUGGCCCCAGUGCAACCCCACCUGCCCAGCCUUGGUGGACCAGGCCACCCAUCAGGAGCUCACCCUGCUCCAGAUGUUAGUGGGCAUGGGCCUGGACCUCCAGAAACUAGGCCUGGACCUCAGGAGGGACAGUAGCUCUAUAACUAGCAUGGUCAGUAACGGUGGCUAAGACAAGGAGUAUAGAAGCCCACUCUCUGGCUUAGUAAAGGGACAUUUUUUAUGAGUUAUGACGUAACCAUGAAAGGUACAGAAUCUGGUUACUUCUGUUGUGCUGCUCAGCCAUUCCGUUGUGCUCCACUGUUACCAUGCCGUCUUGACCGGUGGGUAUGUCACUGGGCUUACACUAUGUCUGUCUGUAAUGUUACAGUUUGCCUCCAGGAUCACUCUCCUGGACAGUUUAAAGAGGGGGGGGAGUGAUUCCAGUUUACCCCUGGGUUGUGUCUCACAUUUGAUUUGCUUCAAGGGAGAAUGAGGAGUGCCAGGUACCUGUAGCUAACCAGUCAGACACCAAACCUGCAACACACUUUCACCCAACUACAUGUACUAUACAAAACUUCAACAACAUUUUGUGAAGUGAAAUGUACUGCUUUUGAGGAUUUUUGAAUAAGCUAUUGGCACAUUUUAUCAUCUUGCCAACAUAGGACUGGUACAGUAUUCAGAGGAAAUGUACAUUUUAUCAUCUUGCCAACAUAGGACUGGUACAGUAUUCAGAGGAAAUGUACAUUUUAAUGUAGAUGGUUGACUGGAAGGAUAUAUUAUAAGAGUCUGCUGUUUUAGAUCCAUGUCCAAGCUCAAACACUGCCCGAGAAUGAAGCAAGGACACUUGUAGUGCCUAGACCAUUCUCUAACUUUUAUUGAAUGUGUUCUACACACACACACACACACACACACACACACACACACACACACACACACACACACACACACACACACACACACACACACACACACACACACACACACACACACACACACACACACAUCCUACAGUUUAUAUUGCCCACAUUUCUACUGCUGCUGCAAUUACAACGUUGACUUUAUAUAUAUAUAGAUAUAUAUAUAGAUAGAUAAUUUGAUAUGCAUGUGAAGUAAGGGAUGUUUGAUCUUACAAAAGUGGCCCAAAUGAAGAGCAAUUGUCAUACUUUCUAAUAUUUUAUAUUAUCAAGAGAACCAUCUCUUCUUUCUUUGAGUUUACCGUGAAGUGUGUUUGAACCUAAUGUAUCUUCCCCUGGACCCUUUUAAGUGAUGUUUCCUCUUCAAAAACACUGUAGUCGAUACUACUCAGCUAGUGUGUCAUGUACUGUAAUAUCUACAUAAUUGACAUCAUUAAAGAAUAAUUUAAUGUGAUUAUAUCUAAUCUAUUGUAUGGUAAUUAUAAUCAGAAUUGUUUGAUUUGCUACUGUUUUAAAUUGUAUGUAAUGAACCCUAUUUUGCUUGACAUAUUUACCUUGUAAACAGAACUAUAACUUGACAGGCAUUAUAUAGUGGAUGUAUGUUGAAUUGAAUACAGAACAAUAAAUAAAAGGUUGGAUUAUCCUUGAA